GGUACCGAUUCAACCAAGCAACCAUAAACACUCCAAAGGUUGGUGAUGAGUUUUCCUUUAGGGGUUAUGAUUGUCAAAACCUCCUAAAUGUGCUGGGAUAUAUUGAAAAGGAAGUCCUUUAUGCCACCGCUGGUUGGCUCCGAGAUGGCCUGAUACAGCGCGUCGCCGACAUGAGUACAGAGGCCACUCCAACGUGGGCUU